AUUGUCAAACUGAGAUCUCGAGUCGACCGGACUAGCGGUAUAUUGUGAGAAGAACUUUACUUUUGUGUACAAAGUUAUGGUAUAUCGCUUGAUAUCACACGCGAAAUAUUCAUAAAUACAUCACGUUUUCAAUUCCUUGGAAUGGAGUUUUGACUUCGUAUUUGUUUGUGUCGAUAGAGUUUUUGGAAUUAUUUUGAUUUGCCACAUGGGAUACAGCGAAGAUAAGUGACUCAAAGGACUUCGCUAUUAUAACUCCAUCCAUAAUCUAAGGUGUGUUUGCCCUUCGACGUUUCAUCGGUUUGGCUUCAUCUUCAAGUAUUGGCUACUUCAGACCGUCAUUUUCGCCAAAGUCACACUCGACCAGACAAAGGUGGUGUAUUUACAAGUCAUCCGUAUUUGCUGGAAUAAAUUACCUGAAGUUUGACAACUCGGAAAGCAAAUAAAGAUCGCCUGGACUUUGGAGCAGGCAGACACCGUAGAAAGUUUCCGAGUUACCUGCAAUCAAAAGUGGACAAGUGAAAAGACUUGGAGAAGGCCAUAAACCGUUGAUCAGUGUUGAUAGCCAACGUUUGGCGCCCGAACAACUUCCGAUCUGUCCACAGUUUGAAAAUCAAAGUUCAUUUCAGCGUGGAGAGGAUUUGAAAUUGCGAGGAAAGCGGAAGCCAGUAGUUUUGUCAUUGAGGGAUUAAUAGUGAUUUAAUCAGGGUUAGAAACUUACCGUUCAGUUGUCACGAUAAAAAUAUAUGCCUUUUUCUGUGCAAUAUCAGGUUUCCCGCAAAACAUCAUGGACCUUGUCAUCGUUGCUGCACAACUUUGACAAGAGAACGAGGAGCGGAAUGAGGACUUGGAUUUUGUAAAGACUUGUUAAAAAGAGUAUAAUUAUCUAAGCAAGGAAUUGCUUUAAAUUUAGUUGAUAACCCAUCACCGAUCAGCAGAUUUGCGUCUUCAUUCACGCAUUCAAACCCACCAAGAACAACCAUGCUCCCAUCGACAGUUGCAUUAGGUCUGGGACUUAUUUUGGACCUGGUCCUGGUUCUACCUACGGUCUUGGCCCAGUCGGCUUGUUCCUUCGCUCAAGAUGGCACGACUCCUACAGGAAGCGGGGCAUGUAACUGUUUCGAAUCCCAGGAGCCGAAGGGUUGGAUCGUAGACUGUUCUGGUCUAUCGCUGACGAGUGUACCGUCCGGGCUGCCAGCAGAAACUGCAUAUUUAUAUCUCCGUGAAAACUCAAUUACAGAGUUGCCAUCAUCUUCGUUUGAAGGAAUAUCUUCACUAGAAACUUUACAUAUACAGAACAAUGGACUGAGGAGUGAUUUAAUAGAAGAUGGCACAUUUUCUAAUCUAACGAAUCUCAAAUCACUAGAUUUAUCGGGCAACAGAAUAGUUCUCUCUGCGAACAUGAUACAACAUCUUCUACCACUCACGAGGCUUCAAACAUUAACUCUAACCAACAACAAUAUUAACACGAUCGACAGUUCAGCUGUAGAAAUAUUCGAUCGACUUGAGACAUUAGACCUCACAUCGAAUGCGUUUGUCUGUGACUGUGAGUUGUCUUGGUUCAGGAAUUGGUUACUCAACACUGUUCAUAUAAACCAUCAGAUCAAUGGGGCAACAUGCUCAUCACCCCUGCAGUAUCAGAGAGAGGACAUAGACACGGCCGAAUUCUGUCCAUCAAGCGUCUGUGUCUCGUGCAAUGGUGGAAGCAAUGUGGAGUGUAACAGCCAGUCCAAUUCCAUACAAACUUGUAGUUCAUCACAGGGAGCUUGUUUCAACGAGAUUCGUGUAUCCAACGGUGUGUACAGCAUUCAGAAAAGUUGCAAGCAACUCCGAGCGUGUCUCAACCAAGUCAGUUCAAACGUCAGGCAGUGCAACGAGGGAACUACGAAUUCUGUUUGUAGAACGUGUUGCCUUGGUGAUCUUUGUAAUAGUCCAGCUUCAGGAGUACUAGCUGGUUAUACUAUUCCCGGUUUCCCACGUGAUCCGAGUCUGGUAGUUGAGACUACGACUCCAGCUCCAGUGAAGAGCACUGCGGCAGAGACUACUGCAGUUUCCACCACACCCACCGGGAGUACAAACAACUACACUAGUGUCACCGACCAUAGUGUUAAGACCACAUCAACAUCUCCAACAACCACCUCAUUACCAGAAGCAACAUCGAAUAUUGCCUCGAAAACCCAUAUUGUUGGAACAACAAUGCGUGCCACGACUACAAAAAGUAGUCCACUCGUAACAACGGAAUCCCCACCCGAUUCAACUGUUUCACAGAAACAAACACUAUCUGGGAAAACUACACCGACAUCGCAAACAACAGCAACGGUUUCGGAAUCACACACACAAGUGGUAACUAGUUUUUUCCCGGCGACUGGGGACUUUGUAAUAACUACACUGGAGCAAACACAAACGCCAUUGGUUAGCAAGACACCGGUGGCGCAAACAACACCUUUUCAGAAAACACCUACUUCCGAUACACUGACACCGGUGGUAACACGCCUGUCCUUAUCCAGUGUUGAUUCUCAACAAACAACACCUGAGCAAACAGAAACCCCGUUAAUUAGCAAGACACCGGUCAUGCAAACAACAUCUUUUCAGAAGACAUCUACUUUAAAUACACUGACACCAAGCGUAUCGUCAGUCAGUAUCGCUACUGAAGAAACAACAUCUAAGCAAGCACAAACACAGGCGAAAACAACACACUUUCCAAGAACACCAAUUUCAAGUACGCCCAAACCAUUGAUAACGCGAGUGUCCCCGACAACUUUGGAUUCUGUAAAAUCAACACUGGAACAAACACCGUAUGUUAGUACUACACCAUUUCCAUCCGUGGGGACAACAGAUAUUCCUUCCUCACAGAAAACAGUUUCCUCGACAUUAGUGACAGUAACAACAAUCCCUCAAACAACCACAUACCCACCAGAUAUGUCAACAAAAACUUCAACAGAUCACUUUCCAAACACCGAGUCAGUAUCGACAAUUUCGUUUCCAUCAUCUCAAUCAACAUCUUUUACAGCAUCCUUAGCAACAGAUACAACAGCACCGGCCAUUACAACAUCAGAAUCUUCCACAACAUCGAUAUCAACACAUACCACAUCAUCUAAAAAAGCCACAACUAUAUCUACAAUGGAAUCACCAACAACCGCUUCAUCCCCAAUUACAACUGAUACAGAUGCAUUUAAAAGCACAGCUUUAGUAUCACUUUAUUCGAGUUCCUCUGCAAGAGCAACUACAGAUACAACAACACCAGCAAUUACAACACCAGAAUCUUCCACAACAUCGAUAUCAACACAUACCACAUCAUCUAAAAAAGCUACAACUAUACCUACAAUGGAAUCACCAACAACCGCUUCAUCCCCGAUUACAACUGAUACAGAUGCAUUUAAAAGCACAGCUUUAGUAUCACUUCAUUCGAAUUCCUCUGCAAGAGCAACUACAAAUACAAGAGCACCAGCCAUUACAACAUCAGAAUCUUCCACAACAUCGAUAUCAAGACAUACAACAUCAUCUAAAAAAGCUACAACUAUACCUACAAUGGAAUCACCAACAACCGCUUCAUCCCCCAUUGCAACUGAUACAGAUGCAUUUAAAAGCACAACUUUAGUAUCACUUCAUUCAAGUACCUCUGUAAGAGCAACUACGCUGCCAUCCGAAACAACAUCAACAACAAGUGCAAUAACCAAAUCGUUAAGUACAUCAUCUCUAGUAUUGAACACAUUACUCCCGACAUCAUUAUCAACAAAUCAGUCAGAUAUCACAAACUUUCCCUUGGGAACAAAACUGACAUCACCGGAUUCAACUCAAGAAUCGGACACACCACAAUCGACACUUGACAUUACAGCAACAACAGGUACAACCCAUGCAUUUCAUCCAGAUUCAACUUUGACAACACUAUCAGAUAAAGAGCGGAGCACACAAACACCAAAAUCAUCAACAUUAACUAUAACAACAGAGAAAGGUACCGCAACAGGUGCUGCACAAACGUCAACAAAAUUCACAGCAACAUUCAAUAGCUCACCAUGGACUUUAGCCACAAGUCAAACAUCACAAUCUACCAAAGAAAUUUCGGAUACAACUAUUCCAACAACAUCGUCGUACUCUCAAUCAACAACAUCGCCUUCAUUGACGUCUGAAACAUCGGAACUGUCAUCUGUAGGAAAAACAUAUACAACAUUAUAUUCUGACUCAACUUCAACAUCCCUCAGAACCCAAAUGUCAUCCCCAUCUACCAUGUCUAACGAUGCUCAUACAUUAGUAUCAACACUCCCCUCGAACCUUACAUCAAACUCUAUAACCCAUACAAUUAUAACGGGCAGCUCUUCAAGUAGCCCUGAAAGAACUGCCUCUAAGAGCACUUCUUCAACAUCUGCUCCGACAUAUAGCUCUACUUUCAUGAACACAGGAACACCCCUUUCAUCAAGGACAACGUCAGUGCCUAAUUCGACAAGACCUACGACACCGAAAAGUGUGUCAAUGACACCCUCAACGUCCGUGGGAUCGACCUCGUCGGAUCCGACAUCCCAAUCAUCAACAGCGACUACAAAUGCGGUAACAAGUUCUACAAGUAACCCACAGGCGGCAUCGACGGCCUCUGUGUCAACGGAUCAAGAUUCAAGUUCUGCCUCCGUAACGACGUCACCAACUCCAGGCUCGUACUCCACGAGCUUCACGACUUCCCCUGAAAGACCAACUACCACCACCGUAUCGAUACCGCAUUGUCCUGAAGAGACGGUCUCAGGAGAGUUUGGCACGAUCACGUGGCAAAGGACACCAGGGUCAGCGACGGCUGGAGUGAUUUGUCCAUACGGUGGAAACAACCCAAGGUUCUCUGCUGCUACUCGAUUCUGCCGUAUGACCCGUGCCGGUGCCAAAUGGGACGACCCCAAUAUCACGUCUUGCGCAACAUCCAGCCAGGUUUUACGUAGAUUGUCACAAAUGAACAUCACAGCAGACAAUGCUCAAUCCGUAUCCGAGGAUUUGAAAACUGUCACGAGUGCCUCAACAAAUUUAAGCGCAUCGGACGUCAACUUCGCAGUGGACGUGCUAGAAAACCUUGCCCGAUCAAUCAAUGAGUAUAACAAUACGGAAGUGAUAGAAAAUGCUUUCAUCGUAAUCAACAACUUAGCAGGAGCACCGAUGGAUUCACUCGUUGCCGGGCAACAAGAUUCGAACAGUGUAACCAGAAUUAUUCAUUUGGUCGACGAGUUCGCUCUGCACGUCGAGUUCAUUGGCGACACGUUCGAAGUAGUUACGGAAAGGCUAGACGUGGUCGUCAUCAAGAUGAACCCUGAGAUGAACAAUGGAUUGACUUUCAGAAGCGUGGUCGAUGAAAAUGGAAAUUCAAUGGCGCAGCUCUCAUACAACACCACCAGUCCAGAUUCUACCGCCGAAGAUCCGGCUUCACUCGAGCUCCCAGGAUCGCUCUUUGAAGCUCAUCAUGGGGAAACCGAUAGAGCCCAGUUUGUGCUCUAUAAAGACGUCGUUUUCUUUGAGGUGAUAACGGGAGCUUCAGAAAAAACGACUGCCCCUACCAAUCCAUUCACUUCUACUGAUGAUGACAUCAUAGCCAGGGAUGCUCUCAACAGUUUAGUGAUAUCGGCGAGCCUUGGCGAUCUCAAGAUCACAGGAUUAAGGGACCCUGUCAAAACUUCGUUCGUCCACCAGAGACCCGAGAGAGCUGAAAAUCCAUCUUGUGUUUUCUGGGAUUUCACAGCAGCUGGUGGAAAGGGAUCAUGGUCAACCGAAGGUUGCAUUGCUACUCAAACAUCAGAGGAUAGAACGCAAUGUGAAUGCGAUCAUCUAACAAAUUUUGCUCUCUUGAUGGACAUCUAUGGAACUACAACUACCUACGACGGAGAUCACUUGCUGGCGCUCUCCAUUAUAACCUUCGCAGGAUGCACGCUAUCCAUCCUCGGUCUCAUAAUAACUUUCUUCUCUUACAUCAUGAUCAGGAUAUUUAAGAAAGCCGUUAACAGAAAGAGGCAACUUCGGAGCGAUCGUCGCACCCGCGUGCUCCUGAAUCUAGUCGCUGCUCUCACCUUCAUGAACAUCUUCUUCCUCACCGACGCCGUCAUCACCGAAUUCGGUAACCCUGGCGAAGUCGCCUGCAAGCUGUUGGGGGCCCUGCUCCACUACGGCCUCCUGACGUCGAUCGCGUGGAUGGCCCUGGAGGCGUGGCACAUGUACCUGGCGCUCGUCAAGGUCUUCGACAGCUACACUUCGCAUCUGAUGAAGAAGAUGUGCCUGGUCGGCUGGGGUCUGCCCGCCGUCAUCGUCGGCGUCGUUCUCGGAGUCGACCUGGACCAUUAUGACUUCUACAAUGAGUUCUGCUGGCUGAGAGUUGGCGGAAUCCCAUUUUACGCCACCUUCAUCGCUCCAUCCCUGGCCGUCAUCCUCUUCAAUUUCAUCAUCUUCUUUCUCGUCACCCACCAACUCUGUUCCCUCCGACGGCGAUCGGUUUCUGCCUCCUCCGAGCAAUUCGACGUGUCCGCGCAGCUGCGCGCGUCCCUAUCCAUCACCGUGCUUCUCGGGCUUACCUGGGGACUUGGCAUUUUCAUGAUAGGAGGGGCUAGCUUGGUGUUCAGCUAUCUCUUCGCCAUUUUCAAUUCGUUUCAAGGGUUUUGUAUUUUCGUGUUCCACUGUCUGCUAAAGGAGGAGGUGCGACUCGGGUGGAGGAAGGUGUUCUGUCCCCAGUGUUUGACACUCGAAGAAAUGACGAAGUCGAGCUCCGGACAGAAUUUCAGCAGUAGCAACAAGCAGGCUCAACUUCAGAAACGGAUAACAUUGGAGUAUCAAGUAGAAUCGAACGGAAGACAUCACCAAUCAAAUACCACUCCUUUUCACCCAGAACACCAAGUCCCAAGAUUUAAUCCUUUUGCAUCCAACUCUGAGUUCUACCAAGAUUCAAGAAUCUGAGAUGAGAGUUACAUAUAUUUAAAUACUAUGCCAUAUUGCCAUAAAAAAUAAGUAGAGAAUAUUGAUAUUUGUCAGUACUUUUGCAAUAUUACUGUCCGAUUAUGACAAAAGGACCUUACUCCAUCGACAAGGAUGACUUCUGUGACAACCCCUUAUCCUUCCCAUAGGUACUUGUACUACCUAACGGCUAAUACUAAAAGUAAUGCUUGUUAUUAAAUACACUACUACUACUACUACUACUACUACUACUACUACUACUACUACUACUACUUAUAAUACUACUACUGCUAAUUCUACAUAAUGACUACUAAUACUACUCAACUUCUUCUUUUACGACUACUACUACUACUACCACUACUACUACUUCUACUACUAUUACUACUACUUCUACUGCUGCUGCCGCUACUACUAACACUAAACUUCUUCUUCUUCUCUUACUGCUGCUACUAUUGAAACUACUACUACUACUUUCUAUUCAUAACGACUGCAUGCAAUGACUACUACUAAUGCUACUUCUAUUAUUACUACUUCUUCGUUUCCUACUACUACUACUACUACUACUACUACUACUACUACUGCUACUACUACUACUACUACUACUACUACUACUACUACUACUACCUCUAUGUAAAGAUUGCUACUACCACUUUCACUACUUAUUCUACUACUACUACUACUACUAUACUACUACUACUUCUACUACUACUACUAUUAUUAUUACUACUACUACUACUACUACUACUACUACUACUACUACUAUUACUACUACUACUACUACUACUACCACUACCACUACGACUACUACUACUACUACUACUACUACUACUACUACUACUAUUUUUAUUAUACUACUGCUUCUAAUUAACGACUGCUGGUACUACUGUUUCUACUGCUAUAACUACUAGUACUAUUGUGACUUCUGCAGCUUUUACCUUUCGUCUAUUUCUGCUGCUGCUGCUCCUACUUACUAAGUUAUUAAAUAUGACUGAAUAUCUUAACUGAUUAAUGUUACAACCAAAGCCUUUUUUCAUUUUCAUGAAAAUUAUAAAAUUGAUUAAUAAAACAUUGUAAAAUUAUAUAAAAGAAUCAGUUCAUUUUCCCAUCCACUUUGUGUAUAAAUUUUUGGUUGAGAUGUCUUGAGUAAAGUGUAAUCCAUGGAAAGGUGUAAAUCUUCUAUGAAGUGUGGAUCAUGUAUGAAGUACGAGACUUCAUGACUUGUGUCAGAACAAUGUAUCGACACGCCACCUAAAAACAUGUUAUAUAGUCCGACACUUAAAUGCAAAUGAUAAUUGAAUCCAACAAAACUGGAUAAAAAAUGAAUUCAUUUUGCGCUUGUUUGAUGUUAUUUUGGUGUCAGUUGUUCCCGAAAGGUUGUUUAACGGAGUGUUUUGCAGCUCGUGUAUCAAAUAUUGUAACUUGUACAAAAGUUAUUUUUUCAAGUUGCAAGUGCAGUGUAAAGAUAUUAUGCGUUUUAGGUUUCUCGAGACAAUGAAGGCUGAAGAAAUAUGUGUGUAGCAGCUACCUUUAUGGAAACAUAUGGUAGGGUAUAUAUGGGCAAAUAUUAAGCCCGUAAAUAAAAAAUCCGUAAUAUCUUUGAAAUGCAUUUGUAAUUUAUAGCAUAUGACGCCUUUUAGUUUUAUACAAAAAAUCUUAUAACUUAAAUUGUGUAUACGAUUUUUCACUUUUGACUGUUUAAAGUAUUAUUUUAUCGAAGUCGCUAACGUGUGCAAUAUUUCCAUAAUUGAAAUGCGUUUCACAAAGUCAUUCAGAGUUUGAAUGACAAAAAAGUGCAUGUUUCACUUGAAGUAAAAAGAAAGAAACAAAUUGGAAACCAUACUUUAUUUGUUAAUGUAAUCAUGUAAUUGACGUUUCAGUACUCAACUAAAUCAUUGGUGCAUGACUUUAUAUUCUUGUAUCUUUUAUGACAACAUUUUCAUUGCAAUUAGUCGCGAACAUGAAUUAAUAUCGAUGCAUUCAUUACUAUGGAAACUUAGAGGUUGCGGGGGAUAGUCGGGACAUUGGAAUUUUAUUCAUUCAGUUAUUUUUACCCAGCAACAAUGACAACAAAAUGAAUUCAUUUCCAUCCCCAUGUCUCCCCAUUGAUUAUUUGCCGAGAUACAUUUGACUACCUUCUUUGAAAAUAUCUGCAUAUCGAGGUCAAACAAUUUAAAGAAUAUUCCUGUUGUUUUUAUUUUGCAUUUGAAUUUGACGUGUAACUUGGGCAUUUAUUUGGACAUGUACAUGUAUAUAGCAACUUUUUCGCUUGGUUUCCAAAGUGAGUUAUUAAAUUAUUUACGAUGUAAUAAUUUA